AUGGCUCACGAUGACACUAUAACCUUUUCAGGGAACAAUAAUCAGGGUUUCCAACUCGGAGUCAACCAAGGGACGAUUGGGAGUAUCGUCUUUAACCCUAAGAAGACAAAUGACAAAUGCCUAAACGACCUGCGCCUGACCAACCCCCGCGACGAUAAAGAGCGGAUCAAGAAAACCAAAGGUGGCCUACUGGAGGGCUCGUACAAAUGGAUCCUCGACCACCCGGACUUCCAACAAUGGCUCAAUGACGACCAGAGCCAGCUGCUCUGGAUCAAAGGCGACCCAGGCAAGGGAAAGACUAUGCUGCUGAUCGGCAUUGUCGACGAACUGGAGCGACAGCUUGCUCAGCUUAAGCAGGCAGAACAGUCGACUCCCCGCACCGUCCUCUCAUACUUCUUCUGCCAGGGCACUGACUCGAAUCUCAACAACGCCACGGCAGUGCUAAGAGGCCUAAUCUACCUCCUCGCUGUCCAACAACCGUCGCUUGCCUCGAAUCUACGCGUGGAGUAUGAACGCUCCAGCAGCAAGCUCUUCGAGGAUACCAACGCGUUCGUCGCCCUGUCCGAGAUUCUCAUGGGUAUGCUGCGAGAUCCUACCCUGGCAAGCGUAUAUAUCAUAAUUGACGCACUGGAUGAGUGCGAGACUGGCCUGCAGCAGCUUUUGAAGCUCGUUACUGACAAUACAUCUGCUUCCCGCGUCAAGUGGAUCGUUUCUAGCCGCAACAAACACGACAUCGAGGAGCAGUUAAAUCUUGUCGACCAUAAAAUAAAGCUCAGUCUCGAGCUGAAUCCCGAGUCCACCGCUGCUGCUGUCAAUGUUUACAUCCGUUACAAGGUGUCUCAAUUGGCGCUGCUCAAGGGGUACGACUCCAGAACAGAAGAGACCGUCAACAAAUACUUGCGCGCGAAAGCAGAUAACACGUUUCUUUGGGUGGCCAUGGUCUGUGAGAAUCUCGAGAAAAUCAGAACCAAGAAGACACUAUCGGCGCUAAAAGCGUUGCCUCCUGGUUUAGAUCCUCUAUACGGUCGCAUGAUGCAGCAGAUACUUGACCUGGAGGAUCCGGAUGAUGUUUAUCUUUGUAAACGGAUUCUUGCUAUUGUAACACUUGUGUAUCGGCCUGUAACCCUAGCUGAGCUUGCCUCCCUGGUCAAAUGUACACGGGAUAUUUCUGACGGUGCCGAGUCGUCUAACGAUCUGGAGUCUUCCGACGAUGCCGAGACUUCUGACGAUGCCGAGUCUUCUGACGAUGCCGAGUCUUCUGACGAUGCCGAGUCUUCUGACGAUGCCGAGUCUUCCGACGAUGCCCAGUCGCUUAUGGAGGUCGUAGAGCUGUGCGGCUCAUUUCUCACUAUACGAGAUGACCGGGUCUACAUUAUUCACCAGUCGGCUAAGGACUACUUGAUGAGCGACAUGGUAAACACAAUAAUCUUCCCCACUGGGAUGGCCGAGGCCCACCGCGAUAUAUUCCUUCAAUCGCUACAGGCCAUGAUAAAGACGCUACGUCGGGACAUCUACAACCUGCGCUAUCCCGGAUUCUCUAUCGACGAUUUCAAGACGCCGAUUCCAGAUCCGCUGGCAUCCGUACGGUACUCUUGCGUCCACUGGGUUGACCACCUUUGCAAGGCACCGCAACGAAAUGACCUACUUGAUAGCGGCGUAGUCCACAAAUUUCUUGAAGGGUACCUCCUUUACUGGGCGGAGGCUUCAAGUCUGUUAGGGGCGCUAUCCAAUACAGUACUCGCUAUAGGAAACUUGGAAAGGACCCUAAAGGUAAGCCUUGCACCUCAAUAA